UUUUCUAAUAGGAAUACAAGCAUUUAUAUGCUGGCAACACCGUACGUGUGCGAAAUCCACCAAUUGGAAUUGGAAAAACAAACGUUCCGCGGCGGUCAGUCUUCUGUCAAAUUUCUUAUUAGUCAGUUGUCGGUUGUUGAUUUUUCCUUGGCGCUGCAGCUCCGCCAGUCGUAAACAGAAUUUCCACCAAAACAUAGCGUGUGGUCCAAGUAGAUAGCUCCCCGGAUAGAAAGAGCAUCCAUCGCGUAAAGUGAUUGAUAUAAUUUACAUAAAAAUCGCGUAGAAUUUAUGCUUUUGCCUAAAUGAAAAAGUGAAAUUUCACUUUGCAUGUGGUGUAGUGAAGAAGCGCCACACGUGAGUGUGUGUAUGUGCAAGAAAUUUCGAGUGCAUCCUAUUUAGCAAAUAAAGAAAUUUAAGUGCAAUUUUGUGUUUUUUUUACGGUUAUAAGUGAUUUAUGUUGUGUGUUUGGUGUGUUGAUGGGGUUUCAUAUUAAAUUGUUGCGUCGAGCAAUUGGAAAUUGAAACCAAAACAAUCCCCUCCGCAGGUGGCGGUGGGCAGCCACAGAUGAUAGAUGAUUUUCGGUGUGGGCAAAUUGCAGGUUGUACAUUCAAGGUGCCGGCGCAAAACAACUUUGUUUUUGCAUUGAGUGUGACUUAUUUUAAGAGGCGUACCUAACAGAAAGUUUUGAAAAUUUCGCUAAGAGAUAUGAAAACAAUUUGAGAUAAAUGAAUGACUCUAAUAACACCUUAAGGAUAAGACGAGCAACUUACGGUGAAUAGGUGAGGAUCGAGUAAUAGCUCACCAUCAACAAUAAAAAUAAUAAAUAUAAAUCAUUUACGGCAUUUAGAGUGUCAAAAGAAAAGAGAAAACAAAAAAGCCGCGACGAGUAAAAAAAGAGAGUAAAGUCAAUGUCUUGCGCUCAACCAAAGCAGUGAGUGCAAGAAACGCUUGGCAAGCAGCGUGGCAGAAAGAAAGCGAAGUCUAACUACAAAAACAAAAGCAAGAACAAUAAAAACAAAAGCAAGAACAACAAAAAACCUCUAAUUUCAGCUACGUGAAAAAGGUGUGUGUAGAAUCCCGUAAGCAGUGCAAGUGCCAAAGUGUAAACCGGUUGUUGUUUGUAUGCUAUUUACGUGUGGGUGAGUGUGCGAAGAAUUAUUCAGCACACAGUAAGCACGCGAGGAAGUCACUCGUCGUCAUCGUCGUCGCCGUCGCCAAAGUAACGUUACUGCCGUGGCUCAGCUAAGUGGUGAAAGAAUUUCCACUGGCACCUACAUAAGCAAACGAGCAGGCACAAGAGCGUCUUGGCAGUUGGCAGUUGGUCCAAGUACCAGUCAGUACUCAGCUACACACAUACAUACACACCCAUACACACGUGCAAAGACACGAGUGGUGUUAGCGGCGGGGCAGCGGCACAGUAAUUUCCUUAGCCAGCUUUUUUACAUUCUCACACAUACACACGCACGCAUUUACGUACGUGCAGCGUCAUCUUUGUUUGUGGCCGCAGUGCAUGCAAUUCUUGCCACAUACAGCUGCAUAUGUGUAUGUGUGCUUGUGAUUUUCGCUCAUUGCUAUGCGCCCGCGUUUGGCAUACAAAUGAAGAAAUAUGAGUGCGCGUUUUUGAACUGAAAAUGUUGUUGAGCAGCACAGCAGCAACAAUAACUACAGCAACAACAACAGCAAGAACUACAGCAACGUCAAAAACAACAAAAGCCAGCAACUGUAACAGUAUAAGACACAUGCACAGUGGGUGCUAAGCGUAAACGAACAAUAAGAAGACGCAAAAUUCCCUGCAACAGCAGCAAGGCAAGUCAAUUCAAGCGCCAUAAAGCCAACCCAUAGCAGCGCUAAGCCGUCCGCCCGCGCGCCCAAGUCAUCAGUGGCGUCGUUAGCAGCAUUGUCGCCGUUGUUGUCCUCAUACUUAUACCACACACUGUUAUCCACAUCCUCUGUAUCACUUCUACGUCUUCGUCUUCGCCCUCAACUUGUCUUUGUGAUCAUCAUCAUUACCCGGUUGUGCACUCGCCACUGCGUCCGUUAGUAUAUAUUACAGAGUUCGACUAGAGCGUGUGCGCCGCAGGAGCUGAAGCGUUCCAAUAUUAGAGCUAGUAUAUAAGCGAACGUAGAAAUCAAAUCUCGUGUAGCCUUAAAUGAAAUAUUAAUAUUUGUCAUCAUUCGUUUGGCGAGUUAAGUUGGCUGCACAACGUUUUUCCGCCACAAAGUCAACGCGCGCCGCAGUGGGUGACUCGCCAGCGCUGACUUGCAAGUCAAAUAUUAAGUAGCAAAAAAUAAGGCAAGACAGCAGCACGAAGAAGGGAAAUAAGGCGCGCAAAACACAGCAUACGACAAACAUAGUACCCACUCAGCGACAAGCAUUUAAACGCACAACCUGAAAAGUGGAAAAUAAAAACGCGAAAAAGCUAAAAUUUCAAAGGCAAAAAGACCCGACACUUCACAACUUACGAGUAGUCGUCGCCAGCGACGUCGGCGUCGUCAUCGUUGUCGUCAUCGUCGCCGCAGUGGUUCAACAGUGCCACUACUUUUUGAGCUUUGCAGCAAAUUCAGCGCUUUUUCGUCGGUCGCUGCACACUUCAAAUUCAUAACUUUGUAAAUACACACACACAUAUAUACAAACACACGCAAAUACAUAUAUAAACAUAAAUAGAUUUGUAACAUAUCCGUCGUUGGCGUAAGAAGUGCACGUUGCAGUGACAGUUACAGUUAUAGUGUUUAAGUAGUGUGUAACGUACAUAUAAGUAAGCAACAGCAAUAACAACAACAACUAUAAUAACAAACAACCACGUUCCUGUGCCUGUGCAUGUGCUUCAACUUGUACGCUUAGCAUAUACAUACCAAUAAUUGCUUCUGUGUGUGUGACUGUUCACCCGCCGGCUCUUUCUCUCCCGCUCUCUGUGUGCGUUCGUGUGUGCGUAAAGGAUAAUAAUUUGCCUCAAAAUGCGUCUGCAAUAUCGCAACAAGAAAGCGACGCUGUGGCUGAUGGUCACCAUAGUCGUUGUCACCAUGUUCCUCUUCAAAUUCACCGAAUUCGCGCCAACGUGUUUCUUCAAGAACGACGUUACGUCGCCGGAUGGAUCGCUGAUGGUGCGCGAAGAGAAAUAUGUGAUGGGUGAAGAUCAAAAGACUUAUUCAUAUGGACGCGAAAUGCCGCUAAUAUUUAUUGGCGGUGUGCCCAGAUCGGGGACAACGCUGAUGCGCGCCAUGUUGGAUGCACAUCCGGAUGUGAGAUGUGGCCAGGAGACACGUGUCAUACCACGUAUACUGCAAUUACGUUCGCAUUGGAUGAAAUCGGAGAAGGAAUCGAUGCGACUAAUGGAGGCGGGCAUCACCAAGGAGGUGAUGAACGGUGCAAUAGCGCAAUUUUGUCUCGAAAUCAUCGCUAAACAUGGCGAACCAGCGCCUCGUCUAUGCAAUAAGGAUCCGCUGACGCUAAAGAUGGGCUCCUACGUGAUAGAACUAUUUCCAAAUGCGAAGUUCCUGUUUAUGGUAAGAGAUGGGCGCGCCACAGUGCAUUCAAUCAUCUCGCGCCAUGUGACGAUAACCGGCUUCGAUUUGACCAGCUACCGGCAGUGUAUGCGGAAGUGGAACUUCGCCAUCGAAGUGAUGCACAACCAAUGCAAGGAGAUCGGCAAGGAGCGCUGCAUGAUGGUUUACUAUGAACAAUUGGUUCUGCAUCCCGAGGAGUGGAUGCGAAAAAUAUUGAAAUUCCUGGAUGUUCCAUGGAAUGAUGCGGUUUUACACCACGAGGAGUUCAUCAAUAAGCCAAAUGGUGUGCCGCUCUCCAAAGUGGAACGCUCCUCGGAUCAGGUUAUCAAACCGGUGAAUUUGGAAGCACUCUCCAAAUGGGUAGGCAAUAUACCUGAAAAUGUGGUACGUGAUAUGGCCGACAUUGCGCCUAUGUUAUCGGUGCUCGGUUAUGAUCCCUAUGCGAAUCCGCCGGAUUAUGGUAAGCCAGAUGCUUGGGUACAGGAUAAUACUUUUAAGGUAAAGGCCAACCAGCAACUAUGGGAAAAUAAGGCGAGAAACGAGCUGCAUCUGGUCGAGCAUAAAGUACCCAAGGAGACCAAAUCGCAGGAGGUGGACAACAACAAUAACAACAUCAACAGUCAACGACGACGCUACGUAGGCACGUUGAGUAAUGACAACAACAACAAUGAGAAUAAUAACCGAAAUGAUAAUACCAACCAAGCGGUAAUGGACUAUGAGGAUGACAACACUUAUGCCAACACUAAUACCAACAACAACAACAACAAUAAUAUCAAUAAAAAUGACAACCCAUCGCCGCAGGCGCACGACGGCAACCUUGUGUGGGUGAAGCCGCUAAAUAACGGCAAAAGUAUGAACGCGCAGCGUGCGGCGAAAGGCGCGCAUCACAACAGUAACAGCAACAAUGUGAACACAGACACAGAUACUGACACGGACACAGACACCGACACAGACACAGACACGGACACAGGCGGAGACACAGACACAAAUACAGAUACACGCACAUGAUAUCAGCCGUUUGGCGACAUCGCACAGCCUCCACUAAAGCAACAACAGCAGCUAAAACAACAACAACAAAACAAACAGCAGCAGCAACAGCAACAGUACCACCGACAACGGAUAGUGCUGCCACGUCGUUCGAGUUAUCGGCGUCGUUUGCGUCGCAAUCAUUGAACGGGCUUUUGAAAGCGCACACAAAUCCGCAUUGACACACACACGCACACAAACACUCACACUUUUAUACUUAUAUUCCAAUAGACCUAAAAAAGUUAUAUAUCUACACACACA